UUGAAGCCUUUUUAAAGAUGUAUUUAAAAACGUUUCACGCUUAAAGUGUGUGUUAGAUAAUGUAAUAAUAAUCAAAUAUUCACUUGCAAAUUUGAUUUUCUAUUGUCACAGCGUAGCAAUGCAAUCUCAGCGCAGAUGCAGCUUUUGACGGCCCUUAGAUUUUUUGCCACUGGCUCCUUUUACACCAUGCACGGAGACCUUCAUGACAUGAGUGCACCAUCAGUGAGCAGGAUAAUCCAUCGAGUCUGUAGAGCCAUCAAUAGAGAAGCCAACAGAGUCAUCAAGUUUCCUGUGCGCCAACAAGAUGUGAACAGAGCCCAACGCGACUUCUUUGCCAUCGCCGGCUUUCCUCAAGUUGUUGGAGCUGUUGAUGGGAGUCACAUCCGUUUGUAUGGUGCCCCUCUAAUGGAUGACGAGCACCUAUAUGUUAACCGGAAAGGCUGGCACAGCAUCAACAUUCAAGUCAUCUGUGAUGCUAACUACCUGAUCACAAAUGUUGUCGCCAGGUGGCCAGGCAGUACACACGACAGUGCCAUUAUCCACGGCAGUGUCAUUGGUGACAUGUUUAGUGAUGGCAGGCUGCAAGGUAUGCUCAUAGGUGAUUCAGCAUAUGCCCUCAGACCGUGGCUGAUGACACCAAUUGAGAACCCCAUAACAGACGCUGAAAGAAAUUAUAACAGGUGUCACAGAAGAACAAGGGUCAAGGUGGAGCAAACGUUCGGUCAACUAAAGCGGAAAUUUCCAUGCCUGGCACUUGGUCUCAGGGUAUCACCCAGUAGAGCAUGUCAAAUCAUCAAGGCUUGCUGCAUUCUGCACAAUCUAGCCAAGAUCAUGGGUCAAUCUAGUCAGUGAGCAGUUUGCAGCAGUUUCUUCUUCAUUUUCUGUAAUCUGUUUUUAUUGGAUGCAAAUAGGAUGGGCAAGUAAGAGCAAGAAAAUCAGCAUGGGCAAAAAGAACAGGUUAUCGUUACCCCCCCCCCCUCCAAUUUUGGUGACAUGUAAAGACACACAACUAUUUAACAAACAAUUGGAAAUUAGUUCACAGUAACUAUUUAUUGUGCUUCUUUGAAUAAAAACAUACAGUUCAAUAAUGUAUGGCUCUCUUCCAAAUGUACAAUAUAAAUAAAAACGCAGGAGUACUCUUUAUUCACACUUUUUACUCUCUUCAAACUAAGAUUUUAAGCAUCCUCUUGAAUAAUAUAUCUUGAAAAAAUAUUAUCUAGUGUGCAUGAGAUGAAGCAGGUUUCUUGCACUUCGUUUUUUUUUUUUUGUCUUUGAUAACUACUUUUCCAAACAAACAAAAAAGGCCCAGAAUCGGUGAUAUCCCCUGGAACAGUGUGAGUAACUUAGAAUUUGCAAUAUUUUUUUUAUAUGUAUGUUAAAGUUAAGGUUGAGUUAAAAAAAUAU